GUAGUGUAGCUCCAACGGCUCUGUCAAUACGCUCGAGACGAGAGUGGAAUAAGAGAGAGAGAGAGAGGGAGAAAGAGAGGUAGAGAAAGUAGCCGACACAAACGACAUCAAGAGCCAAAGAAAAGACGAAAGAAACGCCCACCCCCUACUACUACCCCUCCCAUCAAACCCACCACAACCCCCCCACCCACCUCAACGGAGCGACCUCCCCUCCGAGGCGAAACGAUGCCCGCCAACGCGAGUUCCAUAGCGCGACUUUUGAUAGCGGUGGUGCUCCUGACGCACCGCUGGAGCCCCUCCGAAGGACACCACCACCACCAGCACCGCUACCCACAGGAUUUCGUCGGAGAGGUGGACCACGCCCCUAAAGAAUCCGACGACGUUCUAUGGAUCAUGGGAGACGGAGGCCAGCCGGUUUCUGGUCUGCAGUCGUUAUUGGAACGCAUUAUUUACAACAGGAAUAAACUCACCAAUCAAAUGGAGAUGAACGCUCAUCAACUGGACUCAGAGACCAACGAAAGAGACAGCAUGGCUAGUACCGAAGACAAUCAGCAGUCCCCUAGAAUUCCUCAGACCACCUCGCCAAGGACGUUUGCUAAGAGGGGCAUCGGUCUAAUCUCCUUGGCUGUGGCUUUAGCUCAGAAUAAUACAUCCUACUCCAAACCACGGAUGCAGCCAGUUGAUCUUUCAGCGUAUCCACGCAGAGCCCGGUUCUUCAUAGCCACGAUGGGCUGAAGAGCUAUAUUGAUCGAGUGACACCUUACCCUCUUCGUCCUCUGUCUUAUUGUAAUCUCAGUAGUUAUACAAAAAAAAAAAAAAAAAAAAAAAAAAAAAAAAAAAAAAGGCAUCUGGAGCUUGGGCCUAAUAAUAAUCAACAGCACGUCAUUUUUGUUUUGUAGAGGCAACACAAUUAUUUCAGUUUCCGUGGAAACUUAAUUUCUUGGCAUUUAUUAAAUACUAUAAAGUUUCCAGCCCUUCUUCAUUUACUUUAGAGUUAUUAUAAAAAACUUGAAUUAUAGUACGUACAGACAUAUCUCAAUUCUUUUAUCCAUAUGUACCUACAUAUCUAAUAAGGUGAGAGAUCGGGGAUACAAUAUUUGUUUUUUCAUCUGUACUUGAGAAUAAUAAUAUUGGUGAACAAAGUAGGCUUUAAAAACCCCUACAAACCAUUUUGAUUUAUGUCACAUGAUAAACAAAACCUGGAUCGGUUUGCUAUAGCACAUCCUUCUUUACAUCAACAGGAUGAGCUUUCUUUCUCUACAAUCUUUGAAACUGCUUGAAUGCAUUAAAUAAUAUAAUUAUUUCACCGAGGAACCACCUCUACUUACACUAAUUUAUGAGAUGCUUAAGAAUUGGUGCUUGGUACUAUAUAUUGCACUGGCUGGGGAACAAUACAAAGGACUGCCUUACUUGACAGAUAAACAGUUGACGAAGGAAUCAAGAGAUCACAGAUUGUAUACAGAACUUGAGGAAAGAUCCAAACCGACAUACAUGAGGGAAUCUAAUCAAGCGCCGAAAUUGUAAAGAAUGUGAAAAAAGUUAUAUACUAAAGAUGGUAAUCAUUGUAAAAACUGACCAACACCACAACACAUUAAGGACAUAUGCAUAUAGUGGCUACAGAGACAAGCUUCCUAUUCUGCAACCAUCUGAUUGCCUGUUCAAACAUUAUGUUCCUCAUAUAUCAACAGAAACUUACCAUCAUUUUUCAGGAAUACCUACAGUAAUCAACAACAACUUAUCGAAGAUUACUCGUCCAUUAGUCUGAUAACCAAGGACCAUUUUCAUAAAUAAAAUAUGUAAUCAGCCUUACAGUAUCCUAAAUCAAUAGACUCUGUGUAAUGAGCAUGUAGGCACUAAAAACUACACAUUCUAUCAGUAUUAACAUGAAGAAUUUUAAAUAUGCUGUAUAUAUUCCUGUGUAUGGAGAGGUAAAGUUUUUCAAACAAACACUAUCAAAUCUACACUGAACCAAUUAUCAAAUUUAAGUGUACGCAGAUCUCUUGCUCAUCUUCCAAAUCUCUAGGGUAAUACAAAAGUUGGUUUCCUGUCACUGUGCAAUUAAAAUUAGGUUGAGAACACUUUCGAGGACGUGAUCUUGCCUUACUGCUACGGUAACUCUAAAGUUUUUAGAGUCUGUCAUAAUUUCUUCAAAAGCCAUCAGCAAUGAAGUCUGGUUGACUAGUGAUAAAAUUACAUAUUUGUAUGUUGACGUCAACCUGGCAUCUGUCAUUCCUUUCAGUCAUCUAUUAAAAUAAGAGAGAUUUUUUGCGUAUCAAUAACCUUAUCAGUCACACCCUUGAUUAUAGUACUAUAUUGACCCUCACAGUUAGGCUAACUACAAGUUUCCACUCAUUUAAUCUACUUCCCUUAAC